UAGUCUCGCGAUAGCUGCGCGAGUGGAGUCGCGCGCCUGAGAGGAGCAGCAGUGAUGGCGGACGCGGAGCUGACGCUGGACCUCACUGACACCAAACAUGAAGAAUCAGGCGACUCUCCCGCUGACGAAGGAGAAACGGAGCCCCAGCAGACGCAGGAGAACACGAAUGGCGUUAAAACCGACGCCGAGGACAAACCGGAGCCCAAAGAGAAGAGCCGAAAGUCGCAUCGCUAUCAUCCCUACAAAGAGCGCCACGGCGGCUCCUCGGCGGACAAGAAGGCGGCCCACAGGAACCGGGUGUUCAUUAGCAAUAUCCCUUAUGAUAUGAAGUGGCAGGCAAUUAAAGAUCUAAUGCGCGAGAAAGUUGGUGAGGUUACAUACGUGGAACUCUUUAAGGAUGGAGAAGGAAAGUCAAGGGGCUGUGGUGUGGUUGAGUUCAAAGAUGAAGAGUUUGUGAAGAAAGCCAUUGAAGUCAUGAGCAAACAUGAUCUGAACGGACGGCCGCUGAACAUUAAAGAGGAUCCGGAUGGGGAGCAUGCUCAGCGAGUCCUCCAGAGAUCGGGCCGGAUGUACGGAGGCGGCCGAGGGUCAGACGCCGGUGCGGCGGGGAUGAACGUCCCUCCCUCCAUCACCAAUAACCCCAACAUCCCUCCAGAGAUCAUCAGCGCGCUGCGGGCCGGGCGGCUCGGCACCACCGUGUUCGUGGCCAACCUGGACUUUAAGGUGGGCUGGAAGAAGCUGAAGGAGGUGUUCAGUAUGGCCGGGACGGUGAGGAGGGCCGAUGUGAAGGAAGACAAAGACGGGAAGAGUCGAGGGAUGGGGACGGUCACCUUCGAGCAGCCGCUGGAGGCCGUGCAGGCCAUCUCCAUGUUCAACGGUCAGAUGCUGUUCGACAGACAGAUGCAUGUGAAAAUGGAUGAUAAAUCACUUCCUCCAGAUGACUUCAGACCUGCAGAGAAAGCGCCACAGUUACCCCGAGGUCUGGGCGGUGUCGGGAUGGGUUUGGGUCCCGGCGGUCAGCCAAUAAAUGCCAACCGUCUCAGUGGAGGAGGCGUGGGCUCCAUGGGCCCCGGAGGGAUGGACGGGCCGGGAUGCAGCAACAUGAACCGCAUGAGUGGCAUGGGCGGAGGCUUCUCCGGGAUGGACUGCAUGAGCGGGAUGGGAGGAUUCAGUGGCAGAGACAUGGGACCCAUGGGCCGAAUGGGAGAUAUGUACCGCUCUGGAAUGGGAGUCAUGGACAGAGACUUCAGCAGAAGUGACAUGGGAAUGAACCGGCCCUUCGGAGACUCGUUUGGAGGUGGAGGAUAUGCAGGAAUGGGGAAUGCUGGGAUGGGACCCAUGGGUUCUGGAUUAGGUGGAGGAGGGAUGGUAAACAUGGGAAUGGACCGAAUGAACUCCGGCUUCGACCGGAUGGGCGGGAACAUGGACAUGGGGCGUGGCUUCAGCCAGUAUGGAGGCGGCUCGGGUCACAUGGGUGGAAUGAGUGACAGGGGGGUGGGGUCUAAGGCCGGAUGCCAGAUCUUUGUAAGAAAUCUCUCGUAUGAUCUGACCUGGCAGAAGCUCAAGGAGAAGUUCAGUCACUGUGGUCAGGUGAUGUACGCUGAAAUAAAGAUGGAGAACGGCAAAUCUAAGGGCUGCGGGACGGUGCGCUUCGACUCUCCUGAGAGCGCAGAGAAGGCCUGCUGCAUGAUGAACGGAACCAAGAUCAACGGACGAGAGGUUGAUGUUCGUAUCGACCGCAACGCUUGAGUCACACACACACACACACACACACACACACACGAGUCACAGAGCCCAGCUUUUGUUUUGUUUUAAAAACAUCAUGCCUGUCAUAUCAGCGAUCUCACCAGCCGCUUCAGCUCCACGUCUUAGUGACCACGCUUCCUUUUCCUUUUCUUUUUCUUUUUUUGUAAACAUUUUAAUUUGUGGGACGUUUGUCUUGGGAUUAAAUUUUAAAAAAUAAAAAGCUGGCUGUUGUACAUGUGGUCUGGGUCUCAGUUUGUCAGAUCAACACAAACGAUAACCUGUAAAGUUAUUUUAUUCAUUAUUUAUUGUUCAAUAAUUACUUGAAAUAUAUGCUAUUUUAGUAUUAUAAAUAUUUAUUUUUACAUUUUGUUUUCUCAAAAAUAGUUUUAGGAUUGUUCUUUUUUUAUAAUUAUGUACACAAUUUUAAAGCUUACAACGUCUCAGUCUCUAAAGAUGUGUGAUGAAUAGAGUUUGUGUUUAUUACAGCGCUAUAUAAUCAAUGAUACUGACAGCAUUGUCAAACAAAUAAAAAGAGGUAGAUGUGUUUAUGAAUUAUUAGUGUAAAGUACUAAAUAUGACAGCAGGAAACCAUCAAAAUCUGUUUUAUUUUUAAGCAAUUCAAGAGUUUUUACGAAACACUUUUUAAUAAUUGCUCUUUCUUGUAAACAUUCACUUUUUCUCUUUACACAUUUAAUGUAAUUUUUUUUUCUUUUAAUAAAGUCAAAACAUUGUUUUUUUUUUUGUUUUAAUUGAUCAAGUCUUUUAUAUUGAUGUUGUGGGGAUUUAGCUUUGGUUUAAGAUACGGUUGUAAGAAAUGUUAUGAAUAUUUUGUAUUUGCAAAAAUGCUUCUAGAAUGUCAAACCCUUUUUUAAGACAAAUUAUGCAAAAAAAAAAGUUUUUUAAAAUUCAUUGUUAAUAUUAGGGCACCUGUAAGAGGUUUUAUGUCAUUUAUUGGAUUGUUUUAAAUAUUGAUCGCACUGAUACAGUAAAUGUACUUCUGGAUGAACUGAUGUAUCAGAGACGUAUAAAUAUCUCACACUAAAGUCCAUUUUUAAGCAAAA